CCCGUACAGCCACAACCUUGCCCACACUAGUCCGGCACACACGAGGCCACCACACGGGCCCAAGAGAUGAGUGCAGGCGUCAACGACCAUGUGGUCCUCAGCGGUGACAGCAUUGAGUGUGAGAGCGCACAACGUGUUGGCGUUGGAGCAAGCGGUCCGGCACAGCUCGGCCCACUCCCCUCCACUCCCGCCCUACCCUGCAUCCGAGAAGGCCAAACGGCUCUACCCUGCCUCCGAGAAGGCGAGCCCUCUCUCUUGGGCGAGGAAUUACUCGCACUAGACAACGCCCAGGGGUGCGAUGAACCAUGGGGUGACUGGGAGCAGCAGCAGCAGCUGCAGCAGCAGCUGAGGCAGGAGAGGUGCGAGAGUCAACAGCAGCAACAGCAACAGGCGGAGGAAGCUCGUCAACCCGUGCAGUCACGGGAUGACGACGCCUCCUCCUCCUCUCGAGAAAACCGGCCAAUGCUAGUGGACUCUGCUGGACUUGCUUGGUUGGCGGCAAGCAUUGGUCGGGGGCAGCCAGGUCCAAACGUACUGGAUUCGCUUUGGCGCUGCUGGUGACUGUGGACUCCGAGAACAAGACACGCAUCGUGGGCCAGGCUCUUCUGCGGAACGAGCGCACCGACUCUUUCAAGUUCGUGCUCGACCACUACAAGAAGCUGCGGCACGAUAUCCCUCCCAACGUAACUUUGUGAGGUUGUGGGUUUGUGAGGUUAUUGCCCCUGUUCUACGCACCGUUCGUUGUGACGAGAGAUCGCGGAUGGUAUGCAUACACCCGCGGUGAAAGAUAUAGCUACAUACACCGGAUUGAAGCU